GUGGCUUUCUAGCAUGGACACUGUUGCUAGCCAUAGUUGUCAUCUUCUCCAGCAGCUACAUGAACAGCGCAUUCAGGGUCUUCUUUGUGACUGCAUGCUGGUGGUAAAAGGUGUCUGCUUCAAAGCACACAAAAAUGUAUUAGCUGCUUUCAGUCAAUAUUUCAGGACACUUUUCCAGAAUUCUUCAGGCCAGAAGAAUGAUGUCUUUCACUUGGACAUUAAAAAUGUAGGUGGGAUAGGCCAGAUCUUGGACUUCAUGUACACCUCUCACCUGGAUCUUAGCCAGGACAAUGUACAAGCUAUGUUGGAUAUUGCACAGUGUCUCCAAGUGCAAAAUGUGCUGAACAUUUGCCACACCUUUUUAAAAUCUGCUACAGCUGUAGAGCAAACAGCCAGCAUGCCUUGUAAUAGUGUAUUUUCACUGCAGAAUACUUUGACUGCUGAUACUAGCUGUGCCAAUGACAGUUAUGGAACACACCUAUUGCAUGAAUGCUCAUCUGACACACAAGCUAAUAAAGUCUUGGCUGACCACCAUUCUCAUGCAUUGCAGUCUGUUAAUCUUCAUGCGCCCUCAGGUGAUGUACAGAAACAACCACAAGACUCCUUAGAUGGCAACUGCACAGAACUUCCAUUUAAACAACCAAAUUACUAUUAUAAACUACGCAACUUUUACAAUAAACAGUUCUAUAAGCAAAAUGCUUGCUCUAAUCAUGAGAGAGUAGUAGACCAAUCCUUUUCUUACAACACGUCUACAGAAAUAAACAUAGUAGAGAAUAGUUCUUGUACUGUCAAUCACUCUGAGUGUAUUCUGGAAACCUCUGAUCAUUUACCAUCAAACUUUCUGGUUCAGUCCUUGAAUGAAGCUGCUCCAGACCAAGAUGCAGAAAGCACGCUUACGCAGCCCACUAAACAGAUGCGGCUGAAAAAGGCAAUACACCUCAAAAAGUUAAAUUUUCUAAGAUCUCAGAAAUCUGCGGAGCAGCCCCCUGAGCCUGAAAGAGAUGACAGUAGAAUAACGGAAGUAAUUGAAUCUGUAAAUGAAAGUACCAUGGACGUGACAGAUGUUAGAGUUACUGAAGAAAAAGAAGCUGAAGAUGUAGCGAAUUCUGAGAAUUUUGAACAAACUAUUGAAAUUGAAAGAUCUCAAGCUCCUUUGGAACAAGAAGGGCAAUCACAGACUCCUCAGUCGCAGAGGCAAUAUACUUGUGAAUUAUGUGGGAAGGCUUUCAAACAUCCAAGCAAUUUGGAGCUCCAUAAAAGGUCUCAUACAGGUGAGAAACCUUUUGAAUGUAACAUUUGUGGGAAACACUUCUCACAGGCAGGUAAUCUCCAGACACAUUUACGUCGACAUUCUGGUGAAAAGCCAUACAUUUGUGAAAUCUGUGGGAAAAGAUUUGCUGCUUCUGGUGAUGUUCAGCGUCAUAUUAUUAUUCAUUCUGGAGAAAAGCCUCAUCUGUGUGAUAUCUGUGGCAGAGGAUUCAGUAAUUUCAGUAAUUUAAAGGAGCAUAAAAAGACCCAUACAGCAGAUAAAGUAUUCACCUGUGAUGAAUGUGGGAAGUCAUUCAACAUGCAACGAAAAUUAGUAAAGCACAGAAUUAGACAUACUGGAGAGAGACCAUACAGCUGUUCAGCAUGUG